AUGCCUGGACCCGCCCCGCCCAUGGCCUCUGCUCCGCUCCCCUCCACUGCGUCAAACCCCGCCUCCCUUCCGCCCUCGGGAGUUCACCGCAACCCGAGCCAGGGCCCCAUCCCCCCGAUGCAGACCAUUCCACCUUCCGACGGUCCCUCACGACCCUUGCCAUCCCGUCUGUCGGGGCCGCUCACAUCCAUUCCCGCCCGCACUCAUCCUGACCCUUCCAACCCUCAGCCAGGUCACCCCGCAGGCCCUUACUCUUCUAACCUCUCGUCAAGUUUUUCCGUGUCUCGCACGGUCUAUCAAUCUCAGCACCCAAGCCUGCCUGGCCAACUGCAUGGCCUGCCUCAGCAUCAUUCGCAGCAGUACCACCCUCAGUCUCAUCCCGACCAGCAGGGACUGCCUCACCAUCAAAAGUUUCCUCGCAUCGUCACUCACCAACACCCGCAUCACAUGCAGCUCGGUCCGCAUGCGUCAGGACCCCUGCCUCCCCCCGGCACUCUUGCCGGCAAUGCGUCUAGCAUCCCGUCCAUGAUGUCCAACGGCACGCCCAGCGAGCCGCGAGCCGCUAUUGCCGGGCCUCAUGAUGCCCAGUCCAUGGGGAUUAUGACCAACGGGCCGUCCCAACGCCAGGAUGAACGUAUGAUGGCGAACAAAGGCGCCCGGGGUCGUGUACCGCCACCGAGAGGUGCUCCCCAUACCAGCAUGCUUACGGCUCCCUCAGGGCAACCAGGAAGUAUCACCCCAUCCGGCCGAUCCCGACAUCCUGUCAUGACAACCAUGGAUGAACAACCAAGGGGUAUGCCCACCCUUGAUGAUUGGGAGGUCCGCAGUGGUCGUGCCGCCGAUGGCUCGAAAGUCAAUAUGAACUUGUACUUGCAGAAUUCACUGCACCACGACUCAGUCGUUUGUUGUGUUCGGUACAGUCGAGAUGGCCGGUAUUUAGCCACAGGCUCGAACAAGGUGGCGGAUAUUUACGACCCUUCUACUGGACAGCGAAUUUCUAGAUUUGUUGAUGCCUCUCGAGGAGAAGAUGAGGAGGCCGCCCCAGGAAAUGACAGCUACGUGCGCGCCGUUUGCUUCUCACCAGAUGGCGAAUGGCUGAUCACAGGCGCCGAAGACCGCGUUGUCAAGAUCUGGGAUAUCAGACAUCGCACGGUGAAGCAUACCCUCGCCGGACACGGCACGGACAUAUAUUCUGUGGAUGCUAGUGCGGAUGGCCGCUUCAUAAUUUCUGGCUCGGGUGACAAGAAGGCCAAGCUCUGGAAUCUGGAAACUGGAAUGCUACUGAGGACGUUGGGUGAUGAAUAUAAUCAAGGCCCGACAGAUGGAAUCACAUCGGUGUCGGUUAGUCCGACAAAUCAACUCGUUGCUGCUGGCUCUCUGGAUAAGGUCGUUCGCGUAUGGGACGUCGCGUCUGGCCAUCUCCUUAGAACAUUCGAAGGCCAUAGGGACUCGGUGUACUCGGUUGCUUUCUCUCCAGACGGCAGAUUGCUACUGUCGGGUUCGCUGGACAAGACUUUGAAACUCUGGGAUCUGAGUGCACCAUGCCCAGCCUCUUGUCGUCUGACUUUCACGGGGCACGAAGAUUUUGUUCUUUCCGUGGCAUUCAGUCCAAGCGGUAAAUGGCUGAUAUCUGGUUCGAAGGAUCGAACAGUGCAAUUCUGGGAUCCCAGGCAGUCAUCGAUGUGCCAGAUGCUCAAAGGACAUAAGAAUUCCGUCAUUAGCAUCGCUCAUAACCCGAUGGGCAGCUACUUGGCGACAGGGUCCGGAGAUUGCCGAGCUAGAACAUGGUCCUACGAGUACUGACGUAUCAAAACGAUGAUAAGAAAUAUGGAAAUCACCAAUCUACUACAGUAUUCUGUAAACCGCGAAGCGUUGCCAUCCGAAACGAUCUUCAGCUUUAUUACCCUCCUACGCACCCCAUUUGUAUCAUGAAAUAAUAAAUCGCGUUUGAAGAAGUUUGACGAA